CCACAUUUUAGUUUGAACAGGCAUUGCUUCUAAUUACAAAUGAAACACAGAACAGCUGAAUCAGCCUUAUAUUUUUACUGACAAUAAAAUCAUGAAUGCAUAGAAGAAAAGCUGAAGGUAGUCUUCACGCCAAUCUGGAUAGUUACAAAAUAACUGCACUUAAGUAUGAAAUGAGAAUGACAAACAACAGUACAUUCCAUAAUGGAACGGAUUGCGGGAUGAUCCGGCAGGCUUUUACAUCCAGAGUGCUACCAGUACUCUACUCUCUCAUCCUCCUUGGAUCAUUAGUUUUAAAUGGUAUAGCUGCAUGGAUAUUCUUCAAAAUAAGCAGCAGGAAAAGCAUUGUUGUUUUUCUCAAGAACAUUGUCAUUGCAGACUUGGUAAUGACCACAACAUUUCCUUUCACUAUCCUCAGCCAUGCAGAAGUUGCUCCAGAUAUAAUAAACCAGAUUGUCUGUCGCUUUUCAGCCAUUGUUUUCUACAACUGUAUGUAUAUCAGCCUCAUUCUUUUGACACUGAUUAGCUUUGACAGGUACUUGAAAAUCGUGAGGGUCUCUACCACAUCUAUAUUUCAAACUGCAAAAUUUGCCAAAACUGCUUCUGUGAUGAUAUGGAUGAUAAUGUUCCUUCAGGCAAUGCCAAACAUGAUUUUAAAUAAGAAUGACAUGAAAUUAAAAAGCAGAAAAGAUUGUAUGAAGCUAAAAAUUCAGCCUUUGGGAGAGAAAUGGCAUUAUUUUGUGGUCUACUUCACAAUGAGCAUCUUUUGGGUUACUUUUGUUCUGAUGGUGGUGUUCUACACUUAUAUAUUAAAAGCAAUAUACAAAUCACACAAAAAAUUCAAGAAGGAGCCAUCUGAUGGGCACAGAAAAUCACGACGUAACAUUUUCAGCAUUCUUGGAGUAUUCUUUGUGUGUUUUGUGCCAUACCAUAUUAGUAGAAUUCCAUUUACUGCAAGUCAAUCUGGCAACAAGUUUUCCUGUACGACAGGCAAUUUUUUGUUUUUCUUCAAAGAAGGGGCAUUACUUCUCUCAGCAAUGAAUACAUGUUUGGACCCAAUACUAUACUUUCUUUUAUGCAAGUCCUUCACUGCAGCUCUGUGCAGAGAGAUUAGAAGUUUACAGAAUAAAAAGCAAAUGAAUGAACAGGUUGACUUGUCUGAAAACAAAUUAAAAUCAACUGUUGCAACAACAGAUUCUUUUUAGCACCAUUAAGGAUUAGUUCCUUUACAAAAAUUGGGUCACACGACCAGUCAUCCCUGAAUGUUAAUUAUCUUUGAUAAUAUCAUUUUGGAAGCUAACUAACUAAAACAUUAUGGUUCUGUUCCCAAAUGCAUGGACCUAAAGACUUAGAAACAGUUAUGUUUCAGGAAAUGAUGAAGGUGAAAAUGAACAAGGCUGGACUGAGUGUCCUAAUCUUUACUACAAUUACUUUCAUUACUCUAGUAAUCAAGAUCAGGAUAGUUAAAAACACAGUAUGUGCUUUCUUCCAUAAUAAAUUGAUUGCAUGUUUCUCAA